AUGGUGGUCUACGCCAGCAACGACAUCGUGUCGGACCAUAUCAAGGGGGACACACACCAAUGGGAGUCGCAAGAAACCAAGGAGAUGAUGGUGGCCCUGCGCUCCCCCGUCCCUGCCAGCCCCCGUGAUUCGAAGCACCCCGCCAGAUGGGUCAAAAAGGAGGCCCCCCUUGUGGUGGACGUCGGCGCCAACAUAGGAUGGUUCACGCUGAAAGCGGCCGAGGCGGGCGCCAGGGUCGCCGCCUUUGAAGCCAUGGCCAGCAAUAUCCAGCUGGUGCGGACGUCCCUCUGCGCCAACCCCGGGCUCAUGGACCGCGUCGCGCUGUACAACACAGGGCUGGGCACCCAGCGUGCCACCUGCUCCAUCAUCAGUGAUGUCAGCAACAUGGGAGACGGUCACACCAUAUGUGACAAGGACACAAAAGACGUCAUCAAGCAAUGGAAGUCUGAGUUUGGGCGUGACUACGUGGUGCGGGGUGAGAUGAGAGUGAGGCGGCUGGACUCACUCAUUGAGGAGGACGUGCAGUUCAUGAAGAUCGACGUCGAGGGCUUUGAGGCGGAGGUGCUCAAGGGCGCGGCACAGCUGCUCGACAACCACAACGUCUGGUUCAUCGCUGCAGCGUGCAACCACAACAAGCUUAAAGAAGCUGGAAAGGCAGAAUACCUCAAGUUCCUGAACGACCAGGGGUAUUACAUCUCAACACAGGGCUUCCAGGGCCCCUUCAUCAACAUUGAUGACAUCGAAGCCGGCCGACCCAGUUCACUGCCAUCCCAUUCACUCUACUGCGUCAAGAAGCUGCUGAUUGAUGCAGCAGGCGGCCCGAACAAGCGGCGGCCGUCAGACGUGGCAAAGAGCUAG